GGCAGGCGAGAGUCUACAAUGCCUCCAAUGCGAGGACGUUGGCUACACAGUUGAUGAUGAUGGGGGGUUUGCUUUCAAGCUUUCCCUGUAUCUUGCGCCUUCUGAUUUGGGGCACGUGAGACUGGGAGGCAUCUGAGCCCGAAAUCCUCCGGGCUUGGAGCUUGCAUCUUCCCCGUGGGAACCCAGAGCAGAUGCCCCGUGCCUGAGCAGAUGCCCCACGCCUGAGCUACUCCAGAUGUGGAGGCCUGUCGCCUGCUGCACCCAUCAGGAUCUGGCUGCCAGUUGCCACCAAGAGCACAGGAUGCACAGAGGUCUUGGUGACUGAUUCGCCAGGGGGCAACCAGGCCUUCUGCAUCACUGCUGCUACCCCUGCUCCCUCCUGUGCUGAGCCGUGAUAAAUCAGGGCAUCAUUUUCUUCUGAGAGGAGCCCCGCCAGCUGAUCAAAAUAGAGUCCCUCCGGGUGAAAGUCGACUUCCUGAAGGCGCCCCUGGGCCUGAAGAAGCCCGCUCUCAAGGAGGCCGCGGCUGCCUUGGCGGCCGUCCCUGGGCCCGGACGGGCCAAGUCCGUCAACGUGGAGCGCUACAAGGCGCGGCGCUCCGACAACAUGGACAACGAGUCGCAGUACUCGGGCUACUCCUACAAGUCAGGGCAUUCACGGAGCUCCCGCAAGCAUCGAGACCGACGGGACCGGCACCGCUCCAAAAGCCGAGAUGGGAGCCGUGGCGACAAGUCAGUGACCAUCCAGGCCCCCGGCGAGCCCCUCCUGGACAACGAGUCGACCCGAGGGGAUGAGAGGGAUGACAACUGGGGCGAGACCACGACGGUGGUGACGGGGACAUCAGAGCACAGCAUCUCGCACGAUGACAUCACGCGCAUCACCAAGGACAUGGAGGACAGCGCCCACCUGGACUGCUCGCGCCACCUGGGCGUCUCACUGGGCGGGGCGCUGGCGCUGCUGUCCUUCCUCACCCCGCUGGCCUUCAUGCUGCUGCCUCAGCUGCUGUGGCGGGAGGAGCUGGAGCCCUGCGGCACGCCCUGCGAGGGGCUCUUCAUCUCCGUGGCCUUCAAGCUGCUCAUCCUGCUGCUGGGCAGUUGGGCCCUCUUCUUCCGGCGCCCCAAGGCUUUCUUCCCCCGCGUCUUUGUCUUCCGGGCCCUGCUGAUGGUGCUCGUCUUCCUGCUGGUCGUCUCCUACUGGCUCUUCUACGGCGUGCGCAUCCUAGACUCGCGGGACCGUGACUACCAGGGCAUCGUGCAGUACGCCGUGUCACUGGUGGACGCCCUGCUCUUUGUCCACUACCUGGCCGUGGUGCUGCUGGAGCUGCGCCAGCUUCAGCCCCAGUUCACGCUCAAGGUGGUGCGCUCCACCGAUGGGGCCAGCCGCUUCUACAACGUCGGCCACCUCAGCAUCCAGCGAGUGGCCGUGUGGAUCCUGGAGAACUAUUACCAUGAUUUCCCCGUCUACAACCCCGCCCUCCUCAACCUGCCAAAAUCCGUCCUGUCCAAGAAAAUGUCCGGGUUCAAGGUGUAUUCCCUCGGCGAGGAGAAUUCAACGAACAACUCCACGGGCCAGUCGCGGGCUGUGAUCGCCGCGGCCGCCCGGCGGCGUGACAACAGCCACAACGAGUACUACUACGAAGAGGCAGAGCAUGAGCGGCGGGUGCGAAAGCGGCGCGCCAGGUUGGUCGUGGCUGUGGAGGAAGCCUUCACCCACAUCAAGCGGCUGCAAGAGGAGGACCAGAAGAACCCGCGAGAGAUCAUGGACCCGCGGGAAGCGGCCCAGGCCAUCUUCGCCUCCAUGGCCCGCGCUAUGCAGAAGUACCUGCGCACUACCAAGCAGCAGCCCUACCACACCAUGGAGAGCAUCCUGCAGCACCUGGAGUUCUGCAUCACCCAUGAUAUGACUCCCAAGGCCUUCCUGGAGCGGUACCUGAGCGCUGGGCCCACCAUCCAGUACCACAAGGACCGCUGGCUGGCCAAGCAGUGGACUCUGGUCAGCGAAGAGCCCGUGACCAAUGGCCUGAAGGACGGCGUGGUCUUCCUUCUCAAGCGCCAUGACUUCAGCCUGGUGGUGAGCACCAAGAAGAUCCCCUUCUUCAAGCUCUCCGAGGAGUUCGUGGACCCCAAGUCACACAAGUUUGUCAUGAGGCUGCAGUCAGAGACCUCAGUGUGAACUGAAAAGGGCAUGGGGUGCGGGGAGAGGGGCAGGAUGCGCCCCGGACCCUUUGCCGCGGUCCCCGGCGAGCGUCAGGGGAAGCGCCUCCAACCAGCACGCGAGCCCGUUGCCUCCCCAAGGCCUCGCCGUGACCCCUCUGUCUCUUGUCGUCUCCACUUGGGGCUCAGAGCCUUUCUCCGUCCCCCCGUCCCCACUCCCUCCCAAACCCAGAUUCUUGUAGCAAUUUCCCCGGGGGUGCGGGCAGCAUCUCAGCCAAGCCAGGACCCUGUGUUUAGUGCCAGAUUUCAAGGGCUACUUCCGUGAACUUUCUCACCAGCAUCUCCAAGUGCCCAGGCUCCGUUCCUCUCGGGACUGUCCCAUCUCUGGCCUUUCACAGCCUCCCUGGAGGUUUGGGAUUUGGGGCUAGCAAUGCCCUCAUUGGAAGCUGCGGGAAGCUGGCCGGCACCUCUGAAAUGCCACGGCAGCUAUGCCAACUUCCCC